CCGGCGGGCGGGCGCGAGGGCCGGCGCGUCUGCGGGACUGGGGCGUCCCCGCGCCCCCGCGAUGCGGCCCCCGCGCGCCGCGCUGCUCGCGCUCCUGGCCGCGUCCCUCGCGGCCGCCGAGGCCCCGUACCUGGUGCGCGUGGACGCGGCCCGCGCGCAGCGGCCCCUGCGGCCCUUCUGGAGGAGCACCGGCUUCUGUCCCCCACUGCCGCACAGCCAGGCUGACCGGUAUGACCUCAGCUGGGACCAGCAGCUCAACCUGGCCUACGUGGGUGCCGUCCCUCAUGGUGGCAUCGAGCAGGUUCGGACCCACUGGCUGCUGGACCUCAUCACGGCCAGGGGGUCAGCUGGGCAGGGCUUGAGCUACAAUUUCACUCACCUGGACCAGUACCUGGACCUUCUCAGGGAGAACCAGCUCGUCCCGGGCUUUGAGCUGAUGGGCAGCCCUUCUGGACGCUUCACUGACUUUGAGGACAAGCUGCAGGUGUUCGAGUGGAAGAACCUGGUCUCCCUCCUGGCCCAGAGAUACAUCGGUAGAUACGGCCUUAAGCACGUUUCCAAGUGGAAUUUUGAGACAUGGAACGAGCCGGACCACCACGACUUUGACAAUGUGUCCAUGACCUUGCAAGGCUUCUUGAACUACUACGACGCCUGCUCUGAGGGUCUGCGAGCCGCCAGCCUGGCUCUGCGCCUGGGCGGCCCCGGCGACGCCUUCUACCCGCUGCCGCGCUCCCCACUCUGCUGGGGCCUCCUGGAGCACUGCCACAACGGCACCAACUUCUUCACCGGGGAGGCGGGCGUGCGGCUGGACUACAUCGCCCUCCACAAGAAGGGCGCGGGCAGCUCCAUCCACAUCCUGCAGCAGGAGGUGGCCGUCGUGCGGCAGAUACAGCAGCUCUUCCCCAAGUUCACGGAAACCCCCAUUUACAACGACGAGGCCGACCCGCUCGUGGGCUGGUCCCUGCCGCAGCCCUGGAGGGCCGACGUGACCUACGCUGCCAUGGUCGUGAAGGUCAUCGCACAGCACCAGAACCUGCUGGUCGCCAACAGCAGCUCCACCAUCCGCUACACGCUCCUGAGCAACGACAACGCCUUCCUGAGUUACCACCCGCACCCCUUCUCCCAGCGCACGCUCACCGCGCGCUUCCAGGUCAACGACACGCGCCCGCCGCACGUGCAGCUGCUGCGCAAGCCAGUGCUCACGGCCAUGGCGCUGCUGGCCCUGCUGGACGGCGAGCAGCUCUGGGCUGAGGUGUCGCGGGGCGGGACGGUGCUGGACAGCAACCACACGGUGGGCGUCCUGGCCAGCACCCACCGCCCCACUGGCCCCGCCGACGCCUGGCGCGCCACGGUGUUGGUCUACGCGAGCGAUGACACCCGCGCCCAUGCCAACCGCAGCGUCCCCGUGACUCUGAGCCUGCACGGGGUGCCUCCGGGCCCGGAGGUCGUCUUCGUCCAGCUCUACAUGGACAACUGGUUCUGCAGCCCCUAUGGCGAGUGGCGGCGCCUGGGCAGGCCGGUCUUCCCCUCCGCUGAGCAGUUCCGGCGCAUGCGGGCGGCCGAGGACCCGGCGGCCGUGGUGCCGCUCCCGUUUCCCAGCAGCGGCCGCCUGACGCUAGGCCCUGAGCUUCCUCUGCCCUCGCUCCUGCUGCUGCACGUGUGCGCGCGCCCUGAGGAGCCGCCGGGCCAGGUCACCCGCCUCCGUGCUCUGCCCUUGACCCGCGGGCAGCUGCUUUUGGUCUGGUCAGACGAGCAUGUGGCCUCCAAGUGCGUGCCUGUGGACCUACGAGAUCCAGUUCUCUCCGGAGGGCGGGGAGUACACUCCCAUCCGCAGGAAGCCUUCCACCUUUAACCUCUUCGUGUUCAGCCCAGACACGGCUGUCGUCUCUGGCUCCUACCGGGUCCGUGCCGUGGACUACUGGGCCCGGCCAGGCCCCUUCUCGAGCCCCGUGCGGUACCGGGAGGUCCCUGCCCCGUGAGAGUCACUGCCGCGCGGCAGCUGGGCGCGUGCCGGCUGUGAGCCUGGGCCCCCAGGAGCUGUGCGGGGCCGGACUGCAGGCAGCCAGGCGUCCCCUCUGUUCGUCCCCUCCUGCCCCUCGCUCACCCCCUUAAGGUGCCUUUCCACAC